ACAACUUUUUUAGGUCCACAGUCACAGGAAAAGGAUGUCCCACAGCCCAGUAAAAGUGGGUAUUCCUGAUGGUCCAUGGUCCGGGUCUCUGCACUGCACCCGCCGAACAAUGUCUCUCUUUGCUGUGACAUGCAUAGAGACAAGUCACUACGUGAGUUUCAUCAAGCACGGGCCUCUCAACACAGACUGGCUGUUUUUUGACAGCAUGGCAGAUAGAGAAGGUGGUCAGAACGGUUUCAACAUCCCACGGGUGAUGUCGUGUCCUGAAGUGGGUCGUUACCUCAGUUUGUCAGAGGAGGAGCUGAGCCGUGUGGAUGCUGCAUCAAUACGUGAGACAACGCGACGUCUGCUGUGUGACUCGUACAUGUGUCUGUACCACAGCCCUGAGCUCAGCCUGUACAAGUGAUGUGACCACAGACACAGAAGUGAUUUAGAUUCACAGAUGCUGAUUUUUUCAGGAUUUGUUUUUUUAAAAGUAAAAGUGAAGGAUGUUCUGUUUACAAUCAAAGGUUCGUUUGUUCCUUUUGACUAAACUAAAGAUCAUUAUAAUGGCAAAAUCCAAGAGUUGGAUAAGAUUAAAAAAAUACUAUUUUAACACAUUUUCAGUCUGUCACAAAUCCCUAUAAUUUAAAUGUGGUGGAUCAUUAGCCAAUAUAAGCUGCUCAUGGUUAUUCUAAAUCCUGUUCAUGAAGACGUGACGGCAGUCGAGAAGAACUGAUACGUGUUUAAUUGUGCCAUAUAUGUAUAUAUGUAAUAUAAAUGUGACUGAGUCACAGAGCUAAAUGUCCAAAUCUUUGAUUGCCGUAAGUAUAUUAUCUCUGGACUGUGAAAUAUUCCAUGUAAUAUUUAAUCACAUCGAUGGUUAAAGCUAUGGAAUGACAUUUUAUUGUCUCCAUAAUAUGUUGUAGAGCCAAACGUAUAAAUGAUUAUUUAUUUCCAAAUUGUCAGGUCCCAGUAACUGAUAUUUCAUUACAUUAUGCAAGUAAAUACAAGUUUACCUUACAUUUUUUGAACAAUUGUACACUGUACUAAACUGACAACUAAAACACAAACCAACACUAUAACUGCUUUGUUUUUUUGUUUUUGUUUUCUUUAACUAUAGUGCCUUAAACUGUUUCUAUAGAUUGAACACUAUUGUUUUAACCAUUGUGCUUGUACUGCUGACAGCUUGUUUGUGUGAGCAGCUACAGAAAACAGGUAACUGUUCCAAGCAAUAAAUGUUUAAUAUGG